CGCCUCGAGUGGACGAGAGAAGCGCAGACAAAGCGCGACGGUGAAAUCACUCGAAAAUACAACGACAUGAAAAUGUCACAUUUUCGAGCAAGGGAGGAGAGCGAGCUGCGACGGCAACAACGAGACGCAGUUUCCUCCACUCAGAUGGUCCAAGACGUGCAGCAGCCGAUUGCUCGUCGAGAAGAACCCACGCCCCCUCACGUUAAAGAGGAAGCGGAGGAUGCACUGCCCUUCCACAUCAAGAAGGAAGAGGAGGAGGCUGAUGUCACCAAGUUGUAUCGUAUGGAUGUCCAGCAGCUGAUGGGUCAUCAGGAGGAACUUCCCCCUCCACCUCAGUGGUGUAACUCCAGUUUAGAGCAGGACCAUCCACAGUCCUACCAUGCUAAAGCGGAAGAGGAGGAUCCACAGCCCCCACGUGUUAAGGAGGAAGAGGAUGAGUUGCCACUAAAUGUGGUUGUUAUGAAGCGUGAAGACGAUGAAGAAGAACCACCCGAGUGGUCACAGCUUCAUCAUCACAGUCCAAGUGGAGACCACUGUGGAGGACCACCACCAGACAAUCUCUUAGCUCCACUGUCAGACAGUGAUGACAUGGAAGAACCUUUAAGGAGCGACGCAGACGGUGAAGGUGACGACAAACAAUGGGAAUGCUAUGAAAAGAAAACAACUUUUGGCAGCAAGAAAACUUCACAAACGCAUACAAAACGUGUUAUCUGCUCAGUUUGCGGUAAAAAUGUAGCUAAAGAAAAAAUUAUUAGACACAUGAGAACACACACAGGAGAAAAACCCUUUAGUUGCUCCGUUUGUGGUAAAACAUUCUCCUCAAGGGAUUAUGUAAGCACACACAUGAGAACACACACAGGGGAAAAACCUUUUGGUUGUGCAUUCUGUAAUAAAACAUUCUCUCAUAAGUCACACGUUAUAACACACACGAGAAUACACACGGGAGAAAAACCCUAUAGUUGUUCAGUUUGUGGAAAAACAUUCUCUUCGAAGGAUUAUGUGAACUCACACAUGAGAACGCACACAGGUGAAAAACCCUUUAGUUGCUCAUUGUGUGAUAAAACAUUCUCACAAAAGCCACAUCUGGUAACACACAUGAGAACACAUACAGGAGAAAAACCCUUUAGUUGUACAGUUUGUGGUAAAAGCUAUGCUCAUAAGAACAGUUUGACUACACACAUGUGGGGACACUGCUAAAAGAGAAUAAAGGAUUUACAGUAAUCCCCGCAAGAACGGACGGGGCACUUCCGCAUUUGGGGUAAGGAGACUUGCUAACUUGCGGUCGGCAGCCAAACGCACAGCGAUAACAAAGACAGGAUCAAACUCUUCAACUCUGUGCUGGAAUUACGUAACGUUACCAUGAGUGAUGUCGUUUUACCUUUGUAAUUGCUAGUUAUCCAAGUAUCAGGGACGCGAUCAAGGGGUCCUUAUUUAAUUAGCCAUUCGCAGUUUCACGGUACAUGCAGGUCCGUGUGUACUUAGACUUAACCUUUGAGACACUCAACUCAAUUUUGUUUAUAGAGCGCUUUGAAAAACAACCACAGCUGUAACCACUGCUCUACAUAAAGAAUGAACAUAUAUAUAGAAUAGAAAGCCUUCAUUGUCAGUUUACAGUGCAGAUACAAUGAAACUGGGGUUUUGAAAGCAUAAAACACAACCAAUAAAAAAAAAUACAAAUAAUGACAAGCCUAUACUAGUGGCAGGAGCUUUGUGACGGGAGCGGCUGGCAGUGGCUCGACCGACCAGAGCCAACUGUAGCGCCUAGCGGGGAGGGAGAGGGAGACGGAGCUUCGCCCGCCGCCGACUCUUGUUGUUGCAAUAGGGAAACUGUCUUGGCGAAUGUUAACUUUCAGUCUCCCUUGUAGUACCGGGUCACUGUUAAAAGUUUGGAAAUAAAAAGGAGAGUUGAAUUGCUCAACAUAAUUGGUGGCACGCCACAGUGUUGGCUGAAAGAGCUAUCCCUCAGUCUUGAAAACGUAAAAAAACUUACAUGAUAUUUCGACCGCGAAAGUACCAGCACAAUAUACUGUACAGGGGAACCGCGAUAUAACGGACUCGGGGACAGGGGGCGUCCAAUAUAGCCGAUUGUCCGUUACAUUGAAGCGCUUUUAAUUUGUCCCCAUAUGCAGUCAUAUUACUGCCCAGUACAAAAUUAUUGUUUUGUAGUUGUUGUUUUUUCGCAGCUUCUAACACCCAGUACAGUACAAAGUUAUUGUAAAUAAAUUACCAUGCUGGUGUGCUUGGUCAUGCUGACAUUGUUGACUUUGUCAACAGCAGUUUAAGUGACAAAUGGAAAUUAUUUUCGGACACAUUGUUGGGUCCCGACAGUCCACUGAGGUUCCACUGUUCCUACUAUACAACCCCACGUUAUCACACUUUUAAAGAAUGAGGUUGUUUUUCCGUCAGAUGGUGUCACAGGCAGACACUGGAAAAUUGUACUCUCCCAACCUUUCUACCGGAAAUGCAAAAUGGUCCAUUAUGAACAAAUCAGACCCCAUCUUGUUUUUAUUGAGUUUUAUUCUUCCGAAGAGCUGUAAAUGCUUGCUUUUGAUGUGCACUACACUACAAUUCAUUGUUGUCAUCUUCAUCGUACUGCACAGCUGAUUCGUCAUCUUCUCCACUCAGUUUUCAUUCACUGGCGAUGAUUUACUCGUCUUCUUUGUAGAGGCCUUCCCUUAGAAAGUGAUGAGCUACUGUGUGUGUGGUUGUGUGUGUGCGCGCGCAUGUGUAGAAGUGUUUUCUAAAUACUUCCGGACCUAACACUGUUCUCAAAAUGUGAACAUCAUAUGUGAAAGGGUACAAAGGAGUAGAAAACAUACAGUUCAUGUACUGCCGUGAGCCAUUUUUUAUGUAUGUUUUAUUAUUUGCUAUACAUUCGGACCUCUUUGUAGCUAUUUUUCUUCCUCUACUGUCUAAUCUUAUGCCGUAAUCAAUACAGCCUCAUGAUGGCGACUGGUCAACGUCAGGGAUGCUUACCCCAUUGACAUAAACUAUAUACAUGGACCCCGCCUUGUCCUAAUGUUUUACAUGAUCGCUUAUAAAUACCAACGUAUGUAUUACAAAGUGUCUAUAAUAACCAGAUCCUUAAAUGUAGAUGUGACAACUGGGUUUUCUGAUUAAAGAGCACUAACCUUUA